CCUCGAUACCCACAUCAGCACCAUGGGCGUCCGCGGCCUGGCCACGUAUGUCGCACAAGAGGCGGCACGCACCGGCAGCACGCUCUCGUACGACUGCGCCGCCGCACCCAGCGUGGCCAGCAGCAGCACCGAUGCAGGCGACGCCGGCAGCAGCAGCAGCAGCAGCAGCAGCAGCAGCAGCAGCAGCAGCGGCCAUGCACAUGCCGCACAGAUGCAGGCCGCCGCCGACGCUGCGCCGCCCGGCCGCACGCUCGUCGUCGACGGCCUCUGCUUCCUCUACCACACCUACUACGCCAGCUUCCGCGAGUCGCUGCGCGGCGGCGACUAUGUGGCCUAUGCGGCCUACGUGCGCAGCGUCGUCGCCGCCUGGCGCGCCGCUGGACUGUACCCCAUCUUCAUCUUCGACGGCCCGCUGCUGCCCGCCAAGCUGCCGACGAUGCUGGCGCGGCGGCGCAGCCUGGCCGGCAGCACGCACACCUUCAUGCUCUCGUCGCCCGCCACGCGCGCCUCGCGCCGCUGGCAGCUCGAGUGUGGCCUCGUGCCGCCGCUGCUCUUCCACGCGCUCCUCGAGGCGCUUCAGCGCUGUGCGCCGCCCGUGCCGCGCCUCUUUGCGCCGUGCGAGGCCGACAGCGCCGUCGCCGAGCUGGCGCUGCGCACCGGCGGCCACGCGCUGAGCCAGGACUCGGACUUCUUCAUUCUCUGUGCGCGCGGCGUCGGCACGUCUUACGUGCCCAUCGACUCGAUCCAGUAUGUCAUUGCGCCGCCGAAGAAGGAUGCGGCGCCGGAGGAGACGCCCGAGGACAACGACGGCUUCGAGCAGGUGGGCAAGCGCAAGCGCGGCGCCCGCCGCGCCGCGCCCGCCGAGGCCGACGAGACGCUCUCGAGCCACCCGCCGAGCGACCUCAGCACGCUGCUGGCCGUGCGGCUGCGCUCGUACUCGGCACACGCGCUGGCGGGCAAGCUGCAGCUGCCGCCGACGCUGCUGCCGCUCUUUGCCGCCAUCGCGGGCAACGACUACACGGGCGAGCUGCAGGAGCGUAUCCUGCUGCACCACGCGCCGGGCCAGGAGCGCAUCCCCGAGGCGGCCGAGCUGCUGCGCUCCGCCUGGGCCAGCAGUCUGAGCGGCAGCAAGAGCGGCAAGGUGACGCCGCAGCGCCGCGGCCUCGCGCGCGGCGUCUCGGACAGCGCCGGCAGCGCGCUCAGCGACGACGGCACGGCCACGGCGGCCACGUCUGCCGCCGCCACGCCGCGGCCCUCGGCAUUCGGCGGCGCACCGCCGACGCCCGUCGACCCUGUGCGCGCCCUCGUGCUCGCCGUCGUGCAGAAGGCCCUGCUGCGCGCCGAAGCGGCACGCGCGGGCGUGUACGUCACCACGGCCGAGCGCGACACGCUCGUCGACGGCAUCAUCGACUCGGCGGCGACGUACAGCGUGCUGACGCACUCAAGUGCGCCGCAUCUCGCCAGUCCCUCUGCGCCCUUCUUUGCCUCGUCGCUGCCCGACGGCGCCCACGCCGAGGCGCUGGAGCUGUACCGUGCCGCCUAUGCGCGCGGCCAGCUGCGCGAGUCGCUCGUCGAGGCGCUGACGUCGCGCGUGUUUCUCUCGCGCAUCUUCCUCGAGGACCCAGAGAGCAAGAGCACACAGACGGUGGCCGCGCGCGAAGUGCGCACGUGGCUCUGGGCCGUGCUGUUCGACGUGUGGGGCAUGCAAUGGGCUCGCGACACGCUCGAGGAGCCCAUGCUCGAGGAGGAGGAAGAGAGCGAGGACGACGAGCCGCAGCCGUACAACCUCAGCCGCGCGUACCGCGAGGGCGAACGGCCAGACGACGUCAUCUCCGUCAACACAGAGUCGAGCGAGAGCGGCGACGACGAGGACGAUGAGAAGGAGGAAGAGCUCGACAUGGACGACCUGCCGGCACGGCCUGGCUCCGCGAUGGGCUCAAUAGGCGCCGCCAGCCGCGAGGUCAAGCCGCCGCCGGUGGUGACGGAGUGGGUGCGCAAGGGCGAGCGCUUCGUCGGCGAUGCUAUUCCCAUCGCCUCGCUGGUCACGCUGCUGUCGGAGGCCGAGGACACGCUGCCCCCCAGCCUCUCCGAGCUGCUGGGCCAGCACCGCGCCAGCGCCGGUGUGGCGUCCGACGAGGCGAGCGCCGAGGCGCCAGCGGCGGACCCGAAGCCGCCGCCCUUCGUGCUGCAGUCGGCAGACGUGCGGCGCGACCUCUUCCUCUUUGCGCUGGGCGCCCACACGCCGCGUGUGCUGGCGCUGCCGGUGCCGCUGCAGCCGCUGGCGGCCGUGCUGCGGCACGUUGUGCGCUCCGACGCGGCACGCCUCGGCGAGCGCACAGCAAAGUACGCCUGGACGAAGGCGGAGCUCAAGGCGGCGGUACACGCCGGCUGCGUGGCGCUGCGCGCGCACUCGCAGCAGUCGGACGACGCUGCAGCUGCUGCCUUCGAGCGGCCCACGGGCGCCGCAGAUGCGCAGCCAACCGUGCGGCACAUCCACGCCAGCACGACGGUGCAGCUGCUGCUCGAGACGUCGCAUCUGCUCGCGCAGGCGCUGCUGCUCGAGCACGUGCCGCCGCACGCGCUGCACGACGGCCCGUCGUUCCACGCGCAUCUGCAGGGCCACUACGGGCCCGACGAGGCGCACGAGGAGCGCCUGCUGCACGCCGUGCUCGAGGGCAACGACGCCGUGCUGGCUAUCGACGUCGAGCUGGCGCGCCGCGAGAAGAAGGCGCAGAAGAAAAAGGACGCCUCGCUCGCCAACAGCGUGCCGGGCGCGCCGGUGCGUGCCAAGCCGCCGCCGCCAAAGAACGCCUUCGAGGCGCUGCUCGGCGACAGCGAGACCUAGACUACCCAUAGAGCCAAGCUUGCAAUCUAGACUGCACCACGCCUGUGGGGUAUGAGACCUGCAUUUGCGGAGCCCGAAGCACUGUAUCGUGUGUGGCGCUCAGGCGGAGGCGGCCGCCGGCGGCUGCGUGACAUCGAACGUGACGCCCUCCUGCGUGUCGACCGUCUUGCCGUUGAGCACCUUUGUGGUGAUGGUGCCGUCCUGAUUGCCAAAGUAGGCCGCCUGCACGACGUCGACGAAGAGGCCGACCU